AUGUUACUCUAAAUCUGUGUUCUGGCAAUCGCUCUUUCAUUAUCCUUGGCCUAAGAAGAUUCAGAAUAUGAACUAAAGACUAAGUCAAAACGUUAAACAUAUGAUGACCCAGUAUUAUCUCUAUUUUGAUUAGUCAGGAUCCCUAUAAAAAUCUUAUUUAGUGGUUGAAGGAUGGCAAAGCAGAGGUCUCAAAAGUGCAAAUCGAAGUCAAGAGCGAAGGUUAUAGGACACUCAGAGCAUCUCAAUUUAUUCGUCAAGGAGAGUGGGUGCUCUUCAUUCCUCGCACUCACUAUCUUUCAUUGGAAGAAGUCAAGAAGAGUUGUCUCAUCAACAGAAAGAUGAUUCAACUCAACUACAUCCCCAACAACAUCCAGACCUACUUUGUUAAUCACUUACUUUAAGAGAAUAGGAGGUAAAUGGACUAUUUCAUUCAAAUAGACAAAAUUCCUUUUGGAAACCCUACAUCGACGUGUUGCCAAAAGACGUGAGUGGAUUUCCAACCUACUUUGAUGCUGAACAAGAUGCACUACUGAAGGGAUCCCCAACUCUAUACACAGUCAUGAAUCAAAGAAGAAUCUUCAGAGAGGAAUACGAUAAUUUAAAGGAGGCAGUGAAGGAGUUUUAAAGAUACGGAUAUACCUACAAUGAUUUUAUUAAAUUCAGAAUUCUCACCAUAUCUCGUAGUUUCCCUGUCUAUAUAGGCGAGAAUGAAUAACAAUAAUUAUUGGUUCCUUUGGCUGGUAUACAAUACCAUUUAUAUUAGACUUCGUCAAUCAUGACAAUAAUGGAUUUCUGUAGUAUGGUUAUUCUCCAGAUGCAGAUGGAUUCUUUAUGUAGGCAGUCAGAAAUAUUUAAAAAGGAGAAGAACUAUUUUAUAAUUACGGUCAAUGGUCAAACAAAUACUUUUUUAUGAAUUACGGUUUUGCCAGUCUAACAAAUCCAAUGAAUCAAUUUGAUUUUGAUGUUUGUUUGGAUAGAAAUGAUAGGUUGUUCAAUUUGAAAGUCGAUUUGACUGGAGGAAACAUCUGUUGGGGAAAUAGACUAGUCAAUGAAACUGAUCACGACACCUUCAGACAAUCACUGGCUACUGUCAGAUUUGCUUAAAUUAGUAAAUUGGAUGAUUUCUUAAAAUUGGAGGAAGAUGUCGAAAAUUAUAACUAAUUUUGGCCAGGAUGGCAUACCACACCAAAAACUAUUGCUUUGGAGAAGGCUACAUUCAAAGCCUUUAAAGAAUUACUAGUUUCUGAAAUGGCUAAUUUUGCUAGUACAAUUGAAGAUGAUCAAAGAAGAUUGAAUGAUCCAUCCACUCCUGAGUUUAGAAGACAUAUCAUUAUGUUGACAAUGAGAGAAAAGUAAAUCAUUAAGAAGAACAUUGAAGUUUGUGAUAUGAUGUUGUCUGUUAUAGAUAAGACUUCAGAAGUAUUUAUUUAUUAUUAUAAAUUUAGUAAUUAAAAGAUUUAAUGAGAUAUUACAAUUACAGAGAAAUAGCACGAUUUGUAAAUAGUGAAAUCAUUCCAAUGAAAUUAGAAGAAGAAGGACUUGCAUGA